CAGGACCACCAUACAACACGUUGGUCAGCUUUUCUACGUCAAAACUGGCCCGACUUCUCUCUCUGACCAGAUCUGGGUUCACAAGUUGCGCCAUGUUUACAAGUCAAAGGUUGCUGACAAGUCCACUGUGAACAGAUGGCGGACGUUGUGAUCGUGUCGGCGGUUCGCACUCCAGUUGGGUCUUUCAAUGGCAGUCUGUCCAGUCUGGCUGCCCAUGAACUUGGCAGUGUGGCCAUCAGGGAGGCUCUCAGCAGGGCCAAGGUCAAGGGUGAAGAUGUGUCAGAGGUCAUUAUGGGACAGGCUCUGAGUGCAGGUCAGGGUCAAAACCCAGCCCGCCAGGCGAGCAUGGGUGCUUCCCUACCCCACACAGUCCCAGCGUGGGGGGUGAACAUGCUGUGUGGGUCGGGGCUGAAGGCUGUAGCGGUGGGGGUACAGGCCAUCAGGAAUGGGGAUGCCAGCGUAGUGGUAGCAGGGGGUCAGGAGAGCAUGAGCAAGGCCCCCCACUGUGUCCACAUGAGGUCAGGGGUCAAGUUCGGAGACGUCCAUCUUGUGGACACCAUGUUGAGUGAUGGACUCAUGGAUGCUUUCAACAACUACCACAUGGGGAUCACAGCUGAAAAUGUGGCCAAGCAGUGGGGAGUGAGCCGUGAGGAACAGGACAAGUUUGCGCUGGAGUCCCAGCUGAGAACAGAGCAGGCUCAGAAGGAAGGACACUUCAGCCAGGAGAUUACACCGGUCACUGUCACGUCAAGGAAAGGUUCCGUUGAGGUAAAAGUUGAUGAGUACCCCAGACCAGGCUGUGUGUUAGAGGGUAUGACCAAACUCAGACCUGCCUUUGUCAAGGAUGGCACAGGGACUGUCACUGCUGGCAAUGCAUCAGGUAUAAAUGACGGAGCAGCUGUGGUUGUACUGAUGUCCGAGUCGGAAGCCCAGGCACGAGGAGUGACCCCCCUGGCCAGGGUAGUGUCCUGGGCUCAGGCUGGGGUAGACCCCUCCAUCAUGGGGACUGGACCCAUACCUGCCAUCAGGAAAGCUUUGGAGAAAGCCAAAUGGACCAAAGAUGAAGUGGACUUGUUUGAACUGAACGAGGCUUUCGCUGCACAGUCACUAGCUGUUGUAAAAGAUUUGGGUUUGGAUUCAAGCAAGGUGAAUGUGAGUGGAGGAGCCAUAGCUAUUGGCCACCCCAUCGGUGCAUCAGGCUCCAGAAUCCUGGUCACCCUGCUGUAUGCCUUACAGAGGACAGGGGGCCACAGGGGGGUGGCAGCUCUGUGUGUGGGAGGGGGGAUGGGGGUAGCCAUGUGUGUGGAGAGGAGUUAGACAAUGAAAAAAUGUGACCAAGAAAGGCAUAAGUUGUAUAGAUUAUUUGUAGUUUGCAAUAAAGACUAUCACAGUCAGUCAGUGGAGGACAUCAGAUGUCAACUCGGGACGCUUGCUGGACCCUCCUACUCCACUCCUCCCUGUCCUUCAUCAGUGAUCUUAGACUAAAGACUACCACAUGAUGUUAAUUUUCAAACUAGUUCUGCUAUAAUAUUAAUGACAAUAGAAUACAAAAUCCUGAUUACAUACAACCAGAUAGGAACAUUGUUUUAUUCAAUGAAGAAGACAUAUUGUACAAUUUACCCCUCUGAUGUUAGUUGAUUUUAAACCUUACAAGCCAUACUUCCAGUUCUUGAUUCCUGCCAGGUAAUCAUCUUAAACUGGAAACCUAUAGCUAGUGAAUGACACAGCCAGUUCGGAAACUGGCACAGUGGCUUACAAAAAACGUCUUGAGAACCAAUAUCAUAAUCAUAAUCAUUGUGAUUACUAAUUUGGCUGAUUGCUGUUGGCAGUCUGAUACCGAUUUCAAGAUAAUUGUGGUGUUUCCUAUCACAUAGGUUCUCUUUAACCUGCCUUUCCCAAGGGAGCAACAUCAGUGACAGGUUAGGGGAUUAGAACCCGGGACCUCUUGUUUCUAAAAAAAAUUCAGGCAGUAAUCAAGAGUACUCCAGAACAUGCCCUUUAGAACUUAAUUCUGCGGAGUUGGGUCAAUAAUCGUGUCAAUGCUAACUUAAUUAGCAAUGGAGCAUUCCAAGCCAACAAUGACAGUUGGUACCUUACAUGGUGGCUGUGCUUUUGAUAAAUAAUUUAUCAGGCAUUGGUCCCAACUUCAAUUAUUACAGAUAACCAUCUUCUUUGGCUUGCAUGAAUGUAUAGCAAAAUUGGUCAUUGAUAAGCUAACUUUAUCAUGUUACAGCAAAUAAAAUGAUAGAAUAAAUCAGCAUUACAUUUGUAUUUCUAUUAUUAUAAUGCUACCUGUGCUGUGUGUUAUCCAGAAUACCAAAAUUACACAGUCAAUUGAAAACUAACCCAGUAUCAGUCAUUGAAAUUACCAUCAGCAUACUGUCAUAAAAGGUUUCAAUUAAUGCAUAAAAGUAAUAACUAAUUGAAUAUUGUCAAUUACUUUUAAAUUAGUAUCAGAUGAUUGAUAGCAUAUUCAUGUAUUUUGCAGGUGAGGUAUAAUUCACUUCUAUGAUAUAAUGAUAAAUUCAAU